AAACUUAUUCUCCCGCAACCGUCCGCAAUCGCAAACGCUAGCUGGAGCCAGCUUUUGAAUUUAUGAGGUUCGGAGCGGUUUAGAGCGAUUCGAGUGAUUGUUGCAAACCGCCAACAACCGUUACCAACCGCAAAAGCUGCGUUUGCGGAUGAUAGCGGAAAAACCAGUCGCCCCCUAAGUCUCGUAUUGUUUCGAGCGCGGUAACUUCUAAAGCUAAAGUUUCCCUACUUGCGACCAAAAUUUCCUUGACUUGAAUUGAGUGUGGUUGGACUGGGCUGUGGCUUAUGAAGGCUGCUAACAUACGAUUUUGGAACAGAGCAAGCCAAUCCUAGUUCGUUUUUGAGUUGAGGUUUAUACGAGCUGUUUUCCACCAAAAUUUGGGGGACCUUUACUACGGCCUACUUUUAGUCAUGUUAUGUUGGAAAUUUGUCGAUCUCAAACUUAGCCUCUUUUAGGCUGUUAUUGACCUUUCAGAUUUAAUAAACCUUGUUACGUUCGUGGUUUAGGGUCUGACUGGUUCAAACACAGCGGUUGCGGUUGCGGCUGCGGGCGUUUACGGAUGCUGGAGGUUGCGGUUUCUAGUGGUUUUAAAAGAUUUGUACGACUGGUUCUGCGGUUAGAAAUUGGUGUGUUUGCCGGAUACUUAUGACUGGUUAACUACCAAAUACAGCAGCGGUUAAAUAAUAAAUUAACAAUAUUUAUAUUUUAUAUAAUUAUAAAAAUAUCAAAAAUCAUAAUAUUAUAAUAAAUAUGUAAAUUAUAUUUUCAAAGUUAUAGUUUUAAAUUUUUAACACUAUAGAAAAUAUUUUUAUUUUAAAAUUUUAUAAUAUUAAUUAAAAUAUAAUAGAUAUAUUUUAGUAUUUUUAUAAUUUCAUUUUAAAAAAUUUAUUGAAUAUUUUUAUUUUUGUAUUUAUAUGCAAAAUAUUUGUUUGGUAGUUAAUUAUAAUUUUAAAAUUCUAAUUAAUAAAGCAUAUCUUUGACUUAUAACUUCCAACAGUAAACCACUCGACUACACAUUAUAUCAAUGUUUUUAAAACGGACCGGUAAGUGAACCAGGUUUUUUAGAUCAUGGUUCAAUAUGGUUUGACAUGUUCAGAGUCAGGUUCAUCAAUUUAAUUGAGUUCAAUCAUAAAAUAAAAAUAGAAUUAAAUCUUAAUGUUUUGUUUGUUUUAUUCGACAAAUAUUACAAACAUAAUCAAGUUUAGUUAUUUAAUAUUUCAAAAAAUAAUUUAAGGAAAAAAUAUAAGUACAAACCAAAUGAAAAUUAACUAUAAAAUUAAUCUUUUUAUUUGAAAUAAAAUAUUUUAAUUGUCACUGCAAGUUAUGAAAAUUCAAAAAGUUGAAUAUAACAAUUAAAAAUAAAUAUUUAUAAUAGUAUAAUGAUUUGAAUGGAUGUCAAAAUAAUGAUCUAAAAGAUAAAUAAUUAAGAAAAAAAAAUUUGAUAGUAAGUUACAAAUAAAUCCAAUUUACUGUUUUAAUCCGGUCUGGUCACUGGUUAGGUCUGGAUUUUAAAAACAUUGCAUUAGAUUUAAAUCCAUACAUGUGAAACAGAGCAGAAGAAUUGAACACUUUUAAAAUUGUAAACUAGCAGAAAUAUUUUGUAGAUGCCACAUGGAAGCGGUUUUAAUCCGGUCUGGUCACUGGUUAGGUCUGGAUUUAAAAACAUUGCAUUAGAUUUAAAUCCAUACAUGUGAAGCAGAGCAGAAGAAUUGAACACUUUUAAAAUUGUAAACUAGCAGAAACAUUUUGUAGAAGCCACAUGGAAGCGGUGAUUGGCUCUGACACUUAAUUGAUUCAUCCAAUAAAAGAAUUGUCCGCGUAGGACGCGGCUCCACGUUGACGUACGUAUCAAGCAUCUCAAACACUUCCAUUACUUUUCGUGAUUCUAUAGACACGAAAAGGGGAGAUGCAUCUGAUCCAUCCAGCUUGUUUCAUUUUACUGUUACCUUCUUAAAAAUAUUCUAUAAACACUUCCAUUGUUGUUUUUCGUUUGGAAUUCUGUCGAGAAUUAUCCUGUUUUUUUCUUGUUACCGUACCUUUUUUUUAUUAAUUUUAUUUUUUCAUAUAUUGAUUUAUUUUUCGCAUUCUUUUGAAAUAUGAUCCGGCAAAUCGUUUCUCCAUUCAUCAGUUCAUGACACACUAAAUCAAAUAUAUCUUCAAACAUUGCCAUUCAAUUUCAUUAUUUUAACGACACAAGAAGGGGAGAAGCGCCCGUUGUUAACUUAAGACCCAUACUUGUGAUGCUGGAAAAUAUUAAAGUUAUGUGAUUAAUUCAGUCGCCUAAAUGGAUGGAAUUGUAUAAUGCUUUUUUUUUGAAAAGGGGAAAUUGUAUAAUACUUAUAUUUGCAUCCUAAAGUGUAUCUCCAACCUCAGUCUAUUUUUUACUCUAAAAUAGAAUUUAGACUAAAAAAACUCUAAUAGUACUCUAUUUUUUAUUCUAUUUAUAAAGUAAAAAAUGGAUUUAAGUUAUUUUGUUGUUUUUUAUUAUUCUAUUUUUCAUUCUAAAAUAGAAUGCUAUCGGAGUAUAUCACAACUCUAUUAUAAAGUUUAUUCUAUUUUAUAGUAAAAAAUAAAGUUAACCAUUGGAAAAUAGUGUAAAAAGGAAACAUAUAUAUUAUGAAGUAACAAAGUACUGUAAAGUUUAUGAAGUAACAAAGUACUCUAAAGUUGCAUACCUUUGAUAAAAACUUAACAGUUGCUGAGUUGUUGUGAGAAUUUAUAUAAGAAAGAAAUCUUUGUGGUUGGCAAAAUAAAAAUAAAACAAAUCUUUUUAUAAGAUUUAUUUAGAUUACAUAACAAUUUUCUCUCAACAAACUGAAGAUACAAAUAAUUUGUUUCUCCAAUGCAAUAAGACAUGAUUCAAUAGAAUUCACUUGCAAACUAAACGAAUUCAUGGUAUAUCAUAGUGCAAUCAUUAAGAUACAAUACAUAGAAUAAUACUCCUUCCGUUUUUUUAUAAUAAAUGAUGUUUUAGAAAGUGUUCAUUGUUUUAAAAUAUACGUUGUUUUGAUAUUUGUAUAUUAUUUUUUAUUUUACUGAAAGUUGUGUAACUAAUUAGAUUUUCCAGUCAUUUCUAUAAUUGGUUGAGUAAUUUUUAAAUUAUAUUUUAAUGUUACUAUUUUAGAAAAAAAAUUAUUAAUCAAUUUCUGGUAAAGUUAAAUCACAAAAUUCCAAAAAUAAAAUAACAUGUAUUGUGAAAUCGAAGGAGUAUAAUAAUAAAUCAAUAUAAUAAAUUAAAAAUCCAGUUGGGUUGAGAUUACAAUAUAUUUUAAAUUUUGUACGAACAAGUUGGCAAAACAAUACUAGAAUAACUAUGAACCCAUUCCCGAAGACUGUAUUAAAAAUGAUAAUAUGAUUAAAAAGGAGCACGUCGAGUCACCUCCAUUCCUACCUGCCAAACCGCUGGAUUCUUCUUUUUAUUCUCGAGUCGGUCGGAUCAACAGAAAUCAAUUAGUCUGCUUCUAAUCGCUGAACCGAAAUUAACAAUUGAACGAGUUCAGACAUUAAUAUUUUGUUCUUGGAAUUUCGUGAUUUAACUUUAACUGAGUGAAGAAUUCGUAAUACUUAUCAUUUGUAUUUUCAUCGACUGCUUCGAGGUUAAAAUUGUGGAAGUGGGUUAUGCCAAUACAAAACCAAUGGUUCGGUUUAGUCUAUUUAAACCGGUGCGACAUACGUUUCCAUUCUCCGCAGCUUCUCCGUUGAAACGUUCGACCAUUCUCCCCUUCUUCCUAUUCUUGUUCACUACGUAAACCCAACAACACUUGUCAAUACAUAUAUAUAUAUAUAUAUUCAUUAUAUUAUCUUACGAAACACAACACACACAUCAACAUCAUCUUAUAGAGGGUAAACCCAAAAUCUGAAUUUUAAUUAAUAUCAUUUUCAUCAGAAGAGAAUGAGAGGCAUGGUGAAGAAGCUACUAUGUGGCGGAUCCAAGAACUUUGCGUCUUCAAGAACAUCGGCAUUACCAGAAGAAGGAAAAGUUCGGGUUUAUGUAGGUAAGGAUAAAGAGAGUCAGUGCAAGCUAGAGGUUGAGGCUAACUUGUUAAACCAUCCAAUGUUUGAGGAUCUACUGAGAUUGUCAGAAGAGGAAUACGGACACUUAUACGAAGGGGCUUUGAGGAUUGCUUGUGACAUUGAUGUCUUCAUCAAUUUGAUCAGUCUACUAAAAACCACGCAUCAUCAUAAUCCAUCCCUUUGAAGUUUAAAAGUAACAAUAAUUCUACAAAAUUAACUUAGCUUUUAUACCAUUUUUCAUCAUUCUUUUACUUCGACAAAACAUGGACGAAGUUCAGUUCAUUUUUCUUUUUGUUCUUGAGUAUUUAUUUAUGAUUGGAGUCGGAAGCCAAUCGACAUUUUUGUUAGUGGCUUCCUCUUAUUAUUCUUUUUACAAUUCAAGUCAAUUCUUUUGGUGAGACUUUUACUUUUUCUUGCGCUGAAGAGAUAUAUGAAUCGACUUAUCCAUUGGUUUAAGUAAAACGAAAUUUCGCACUAUCAACUUCUUGUGGAAGCAAGAUCUCGUACUUAAUAUGCAUGGAACAAAAGAAUUAGACUGUAGCUUAUCAAUGUAAUCAAAAUGGAUGUAUCAAUGUCCUUAAUAAUCAUGUCCGAUUGUCUUCCCCGUUUACAAGGGGAGGCGUAGGUCCAACGACCCUGUCGAAUCUGAAUCUGACAUGUUCGAGAUGAAAGCAUAAAUUUGAUGGUUAUUUAUUUGAAAGGCGUCUAUUGGAAGAUCAAUGAUCGAUAAUAAGAAAAGAUAAAAAACCGCUUAAAAUCAAUUAAACAACAACAAAGUAAAUCUCUACAGACCCUAGUUCUUGUGCCAAUCUUGGUGCGUUUGUGAAUGUUUCUUCUCUUUGUGAGUUCUUCUUUAUUUAUAAUCAAAUUCAUCAAGUUUUUCUUCUAUUUUUUUUCCUAAACUGAUUUUAGCUAUCUUUAACCGUCUCUUUCCUUAUGUGGGCCGAGUUCAUUUACAUGUUGGGGCUUAUCGAGAGACACAAUCCAUCUCCAACAAUAAGUACUCUUUGUUCAUUGUAACAAAUAAAGUCGCUCUCGAAGAAUUA